GAGCUCUCUAGACUGAGCGCAGCAGAAGAGUGGGACACCGAGACUAUAGACUGAAAACAGAGACAAUCUGUUCAGAUUGAAGAAAACAGGGAGAGAAAAGGAGGGAAAGAAAGACAACAUGAUGAACAGCGCAGCUAUGUAUCCACCGCUCCAUGCCCCGGCAGCCAACCCUUUCACAAACAUACCUGGCUACGAGGGAAUUGGAGGAGGUGGUUACCUUCCGCCUCCAAUGCCUUUACAGCCAGUAGCUCCCCAGCCUGGUCCCAUUCCUGAUAACUGGAACAUUCCCGCCCUGUCAGAGGAAGCAGCUCGUGAGGCAUUCAAGGACUAUGUGCAAUCCCAUUGCUGCUACGGUUCAGGCCCAGCCAAAGAGGGUGUUAUAACCAACACGGAGUCUUUUAACACAUACAGGUUGCGUCUGGAGACAUUCACAGAGAACAGAUCAACUGAAAUGGCCGAGAAACCUUAUGAAGGAGAAAUAGCUGACUUCUAUGUUCAGCCCGCCCCCACACCCUGGGAGGUCAAGACCAAGACCCCACAACUCUUCACUAAGGAUACCGAGGAGAUACGUGUGCCCUACACCUCCUCCGUCAAGGAAUGUAACGCCUGCCGUGGCGAAGGGUCAGUGCCCUGCGAAGACUGCAAUGGAAAUGGAUAUAAACAAUGCAGGGACUGCAAUGGCUCUGGUAAGAAGGAGGAGGAAAACUGCAGUCAUUGUAACGGAACUGGAAAGGACAGGUGUUCAAAGUGCAACGCAAAGGGAAAAAAGAAGUGUGAAACCUGCAAUGGAAAAAAACAAGUGCUGACCUACGUAAAAGUCAAAGUAGAGUGGAAAAACAAUGUGGACGACCAUUUAGUGGAGCAAAACUGUAGCCUGACGGAUAGUGAGUUGAAGUCUGUGAGCGGCAAGGAGUUGUACAAGAUCACCCAGAUCAUGGUCUAUCCGCUGCAUGGGUUCCCGAACCCAGACAUCGUUGAGGCCUCUGACCGACUGAUCAAAGAGCAUCAAUCCAAAUAUGCUCAGACCUCCAGGAUCCUGCAGCAGAGACAGACCGUUGAGUUGAUCCCUGUCACCAAAGUGAACUACAAGUGGAAAAAUAAAAUGUACGUCUACUAUGUUUACGGAAAUGAGAACAAAGUCAGUGCCGACGACUACCCCGAAACCUGUUGCUGCUGUGUCAUCAUGUAGACCAAAUGUUUACUUUCUGCAUUUUAUUUCAACUCUAAUCUCCAUUGAAAGGAUCUAAAUCUAAAACAAUGUGUCCAAAAUAGGUUUUCAGAGAUGAGUAACAUUUGUAGUAUUACACAAUGUCGGGCAAGACCUCUGAUGUGUUAUCAUUUAUUUUACAUUGUUAUACGAUGCUAUACUAGAAAAAAAAUCAUUGAUCCAACGUAAAGGUAAAUAACUGUCUUUUAAAUUACUGGUACCUCUGGAAUCCGUUGUUGUUGUUUUUUUUACCUUUCUAUGGGCACUUUGGCUCUCCGCUUUAUCUUUUAUUAGUUUUACUUUGAUAUAUGGCAAUGAGUUAUAGGCUUAUCUUCUAACUAUUACACCGAUACCUCAUAAAUGUUAUAUACAUGUUUAAGUUUACAAUAGCAAUAACAAUUACAACUAGAUAGUGAUAGAAUGG